AUGGAGAUUUCACCAGCAAGUUUGACGCCGCGAUCAAGGUCAAGGUCGAGAACGAGAAACUCGACGGCCAACUCUAGGUCUACUUCGGCUACGAGGAGGCCGAGCUUAUCAGGAUCAAGAAGAUCUUUGUCCAGCUCGUCUUUGAACAAGUUGACAAUUACACCGACCCAAAUUAAUGAUGAGAGGUCUGUUCCUUCAGUUCAAGCAGUUUUGGAUAACUCAUUACCGGCAGACUUUUUUAAACAAGAUGUAAUAGCGUUGACUAAAGCUUUGAGAAUACACAAAUGGCAUAAACGAAACUUGAAUAUGCAUAAGCUUGCCAUCACUAGAAUAUCAGGAGCGUUAACGAAUUCUAUUUACAAAAUCGAUUACGUGGAUGAAGAACAGGGUAUACAUUUACCUUCAUUGUUGUUACGGGUGUAUGGUAAAAAUGUUGACGAGUUGAUUGAUAGAGAUAGUGAAUUGUCAACAUUGAUCAAGUUGUCACAGAAGCGUAUUGGUCCUAGACUAUUGGGUAUUUUCACCAAUGGGAGGUUUGAACAGUUCUUGGAGGGGUUUGUCGCCUUGACCAAAGAUCAAAUCAGGGACCAAGUGAUUUCGCAAAUGAUUGGUAGACGAAUGAAAGAUUUGCAUUAUAAGGUUGAGUUGACGGAGGAGGAGACAAGUUUACCUGUUCCCACAUGCUGGAGGUUGAUUGAAAAAUGGCUCAAAAUUUUCGAAUUGGAGUACAAGCCAGGGUUUGAAAGAGCAGGUGUUAAUGUCAAAGAUAUCUUUAUGAUGGAUUUUGAGGAGUUCAAAGAGUUAGUGUAUAAGUACAAGGAGUGGUUGUUUGACAAGUACAGGAAGGAAGGGUUCUCUUUGAACUACAAAUUCUGUCACAACGAUACCCAGUACGGAAACUUGCUUCUCCACAGUACCUUUGAGCCCGAGGACAUUGUAAUUGAAACCCCUGCUGGAUCUAGUGAAGAUUUAACUGAAGUUGCUAUUAAAUCCACCUCAAACAAAAAAGAUGCCAACUUGGUAGUUAUCGAUUUUGAGUACUCGGGACCAAACUUUCCUGCAUUUGACAUUGUGAAUCAUUUUAGUGAGUGGAUGGCCAAUUAUCAUGACCCGGAAAGGUCAUAUUUUAUAAAUGACAAAAACUUCCCAACUCAAUUGCAGCAACUCAAUUUUAUCAAAGCGUAUAUUGAGUAUGAUUUCCAAUUACCAUCGUCGAAUUUGAAAGCGGCCAAAUCAGAUGUAGAGUUGUUGAACAGUUCGGAUAAGCAAGCAGUCAGCAUUAUUCAAUAUGAGAUUGAGAAAAUGUACAAUGAAUGUGUGUACUGGCGUUCAUCUGUGCAAAUCUUUUGGGCACUUUGGGGAUUAAUUCAGAAUGGUCCUAUUGAACCAAGACCAGAAGCGAACAGAAGAGAAAGCGAGCAGGGCGUCGAUAGCACUUACAACAUCACAGUUGAAAUGGAAAAAUUUGGACUCCAAGAUUUGGAAGUAACUGCCGGCGAUGCCAUAACUUCGAGUGAUGAUGAUUUUGAUUACUUAAAGUAUAGUAAUCAAAAAGUGGCCAUUGUUGUAGGUGAUGCAAUACAGUUUAGCCUACUUGAUAAAGAUAAAAUCGAGUCAAAGUAUCAUGAUGCUAUAAAGUACUUGAGUUGCAAAACUUAUAACUUGUAA